AUAUUUUUAUGUAUUUGUUUUCCUUUGAGUGAGUUAAGUGAGCAGAAAUUUUGUUGUUUAAUGUGUUACAUAGGUGCUGCUGAGUAGUUAGGGAGCAGGUGUUUGCUCAUUCUCUUCACUCUUUGAGUAUCUCUCAAGAGCUAAGCUUCUUUGUUUUUCUUUUAUCAGAACCAUGUGUUCUUGAAGCUUUCUGGUGGAGAGACAACAUGAGCUCAAGCUUCAAGCAAUGGGCUGUGGGAUUUGCAGUUGGAAAUGAAGGAGCGGCAACGUUGGAGAGCUGAAGAAGAUGCUUUGUUACGAGCUUAUGUCAAACAGUAUGGUCCAAGGGAAUGGAAUCUUGUGUCGCAGCGCAUGAACACGCCUCUUAACCGGGAUGCGAAGUCAUGCUUAGAAAGGUGGAAGAAUUACCUUAAGCCAGGCAUUAAGAAAGGAUCUCUCACCGAAGAAGAGCAGCGUCUUGUGAUCCGCCUCCAAGCGAAAUACGGAAACAAAUGGAAGAAAAUUGCGGCCGAAGUCCCCGGUCGGACUGCUAAGAGAUUAGGCAAGUGGUGGGAAGUGUUCAAAGAGAAACAGCUAAGACAGAAAAAGGAGAUUAACAGAAUUACCGAACCAAUUAACGAUAGCAAGUACGAGCACAUACUAGAGAGUUUCGCCGAGAAGCUAGUUAAGGACAGCCCUUCGCCUUCGUUUGUUAUGGCUUCUUCCAACGGGCCAUUUCUUCAUGCCGAUGCACCGGCCCCUGCAUCCCCUGUGCUUCCUUCUUGGCUUUCCAAUUCUCAUAGUCAUAGUGCUACAACCGGCCCUCCGAAUUCACCAUCCGUGACACUAAGUCUUUCCUCACCAACCGUGGCAGCACCACCAUUUCCGUGGAUGCAACCGGAGAGAGCACCGGAUAAUGCUUCUUUUGCUUUAGGCAAUGUGCCUCUUUGUGGACCUUUUCCGCCUUCUGGUGAUAACAUGCUGAUAUCUGAGUUGGUGGAGUGCUGCAAAGAGCUGGAAGAAACACAUCAUGCUUUGGCCGCGCAUAAGAAAGAGGCAGCCUGGAGGUUAAGAAGGGUGGAGUUGCAGUUGGAGUCGGAGAAGGCAAGUCGAAGGAGGGAGAAGAUGGAAGAAAUCGAAGCGAAGAUUAAAGCCCUCGAGGAAGAGCAGAAGGCUGCUUUGAGUAGAAUUGAAGCUGAGUACAGGGAACAGUUAGCCGGAUUAAGGAGGGAUGCCGAGACCAAGGAGCAGAAGUUGGCCGAACAAUGGGCGGCGAAGCACUUGCGGCUUACUCGGUUUCUGGAACAAGCAGGAUGCAAACUGGGGCUCCCUGAGCAACAUGGAAGAUGAAGACACACAUCACCACCUUAGUAAGUCAGAUAUGCUUGCUCUUAUGACUUGAAUAAUAUGCCUUUUGAGCUUAUUAUUGUUUUUUCCUUUUCAUGCUUUAAUUUUGUUACAUAUGUCUAUCAAUAUCCUAUGUAUUCAUAAAACUCUAGUAAUUUUCUGUUAGAACUCGAUGUAUUUGCACUUUGUUGCACAUCAUGAAUAUGAACUUAACUAAUAUCAGUUAGGUUGGGACAGGAAAUAUCAUAUUCUUGGA